CGCCUGUAUAUAUCACGCACACCUUCUUCCUUCACGGGCUCGCCGUUCCCCCUACUCCUCUUGCCUCUCCAUGCAGCCAAUUCGCCUUCUUGCCCGUCCUCCGCUGCGCUCCGUCGCUACUGCUGCUGCCGCCGCCACCGCCUCGCGACCGUCGCACCUGGCAAGAGUCAUCGUUCCCGCCCUCGCCUCAACCACCACCACCACCGCGAACCGCCCUCGCUUCGGAAGCAGCUGCUGCUCCCCUCCGUCUGCUGCGCCGCCCGGCACGAUCCCGAGUAACGCCCGCAAAAUGUCCGACGACGCCGGCAACCCGCCCAAGCGACCGACCUCGCCCGCCGAGGUCUCCCAGUACCUCAAGGAGACGCACGACCGCCUCUUCGACAACAACCGCGCCUGGGCCGCCGAGAAGGCGCAAAAGGACCCGGGCUACUUCGCUCGCCUCUCGGCCGGCCAGUCGCCCGAGUACCUCUGGAUCGGCUGCUCCGACUCCCGCAUCCCCGCCGAGCAGAUCACGGGCCUCGAGCCCGGCGAGGCCUUUAUCCACCGCAACAUCGCCAACCUCGUCUGCAACACCGACCUCAACGUUAUGAGCGUGAUCAACUAUGCCGUCCGCCACCUCGGCGUCAAGCACAUCAUCGUCUGCGGCCACUACGGCUGCGGCGGCGUCAAGGCCGCCAUGACCCCCAAGGACCUCGGCCUGCUCAACCCCUGGCUGCGCAACAUCCGCGACGUCUACCGCCUGCACGAGAAGGAGCUCGACGCCAUCCCUGAAGAGGAGGCCCGCUACAACCGCCUCGUCGAGCUCAACGUCGAGGAGCAGUGCCGCAACAUUGUCAAGACGGCCGCCGUCCAGCAGUCUUACGCCAAGAACCAGUACCCCGUCGUCCACGGCUGGGUCUUUGGCUUCCACGACGGCCUGCUCAAGGACCUCAAGAUUGACUUUCAGGCCAUGCUCAAGAAUGUGCAGAAGAUUUACAACUUGUCUGACUGAUUCAACUGUCUACUCCACGUUGGCCGGGGGGGCGUUAUAGGGGCGGGGUGGCAUUCGAUUGAGCACGGGGUCGGUCUCGAUUGAAGAAGCAUCGAGAUUGGGAUAGGCGUUGAUUAGGAGCGGUUCUGGGUUGCGCAAAUGCCACGGAAAAGCGCGGUGGCGGAGUUGACGAGGACGGGAAGCAGCUGUUACCAGACAGCUUUGUUGGAUACCAUUAGCUGUACCGUGCAUACAUACACAUUGAACGGGGAGGUAUUUCUUUCCGGAACCAGGCUCCUGCAUAGUUGGGUAUCGCAAUGGUCUGCGCUUGAUGCGACCCGACGUAACAAUUGACUCCCCGUGGCGAGCCCGAUGUGGCCUCGGCCAGAGACGGCCUCCAUGCCGGAGCCAGCCGACUUGGUCCCGAUCCUCGGCUACUUUCCAGCACAGAUCCGCCAUGGCGUCUACUACUACAACGAGAGAUGGCUGGAGGACAGUUCACGGAUAAGGGGGCUGAAGAUGGGAGAAAGACUUUAGAUCAGGAAGGGUGCUAUGUUUUCGCGCCCGAUGCAAGGGCAACUAUGUAUGCAGUUUCAACUACGAGUAUAACUAAUAUCCCGCGGUCAAAUAUAUGCCGCCACGGU